UGCAUCAAAUUGUACUCACCUCCUUGCUCUGUUGUUCUUUGAUUCUUUCUCUUGUUUCGCAAAAAGAUUUUCUUUUCCUACUUUAAUUCAUCUCAUAUAUACACAUUAUUCUUGUUCUUUGCUUAUCUAAAUUCAUGUCUGCUAUUCUCAACCAAGCAAACAAAAUCUGCACUGAGCAUUUGCUUAAUGCUCCUGCCUCCCUCAACAAACACGACAAAAAAUGGCAAUUGACCUUUGUCGAGAAUCAUGUUUCCAAAGAGAAAACAAUCGAGGUUUCGCCCAUUCCUUCUCAUGUCAUUCUCACAAUUCCAUCCGAAAACAGUUGUUUCAAAAUUGAUAAGACCACUCUCACUGACAUUGUGAAGGAGAAAAAGCUUGAGAAGCUUCAAGAAAUUGGCGAAGUGAAUGGGGUAGCUUCUUCCCUGGAAACCAGCCUGGAUGGUGGAAUCAAUGGCGGUGCUGAGGACAUUGCUCACCGACGUGAGGCAUUUGGUUCCAACACCUACAAAAAACCGCCAUCCAAGAGUUUCUUCUAUUUUGUGGUGGUUGAUGGGUAUGCUCGGAUGCUUGUCACUUCCGUUGGAAUGAACACGACUUGGGGCCAGAUGAUGAGCCAAUUGACAGGCGACAACAAUGAGCAGACGCCGUUGCAGAUCCGGUUAAACAAGCUAACGUCCGCAAUAGGUAUGGUCGGUUUGGCAGUGGCUCUCUUGGUUCUUGUAGUGUUGUUGGUUCGUUACUUCACCGGAAAUACAAAGGAUGAGAAUGGAAGCACAGAGUUCAACGGUAGCAGCACAAAAUCCAAUGAUAUAAUAAAUGCUGUGGUGGGGAUAGUUGCUGCUGCCGUUACCAUCGUCGUUGUUGCUAUCCCAGAAGGGCUGCCGUUGGCUGUUACGCUGACUUUGGCUUAUUCAAUGAAGAGAAUGAUGGCGGAUAAGGCGAUGGUCCGGAACCUUUCUGCUUGUGAAACUAUGGGGUCUACUACCACAAUUUGCACAGACAAAACAGGUACUCUUACCCUUAAUCAGAUGAAGGUGACAAAGUUUUGGCUGGGGAAGGAAACCAUGGAUGAAGCUUAUUCUUCAAUUUCUUCAUUUGUUGUUAACUUGAUUCAUCAAGGAGUUUCUCUGAACACGACCGGUAGUGUUUACAGAGGUUCUACAGGGUCAGGAUUUGAAUUCUCUGGAAGUCCAACGGAAAAGGCAAUUCUUGCUUGGGCUGUUCUGGAGAUGAAGAUGGAUAUGGAGGAAAUGAAGAGGAAUUUCACAAUUCUCUUUGUGGAAGCAUUCAAUUCUCAGAAGAAAAAGAGCGGAGUUUUGAUCAAGAAAAAAGAAGAUAACACAGUUUACGUUCAUUGGAAAGGAGCAGCAGAAAUGAUUUUGGCUAUGUGCUCAAGCUACUAUGAUGCUUCAGGAGUUAUGAAAGAUCUUAAUGAAGAAGAAAGGAUGGAAUUCAAGAAAAUUAUUCAGGGAAUGGCAGCAAACAGCCUCCGAUGCAUUGCUUUUGCUCACAAACAAGUUGCAGAAACAGAGGAAGAAGAUGUGAAAGAGAAGAAAAAGCUUGAAGGGGAAAACUUGACCCUGUUGGGACUUGUGGGUAUCAAGGAUCCAUGUCGGCCAGGGGUGAAAAAGGCGGUGGAGGACUGCCGGUAUGCCGGAGUGAACAUCAAGAUGAUUACUGGCGACAAUGUCUUCACAGCAAGAGCUAUUGCCACUGAAUGUGGGAUUCUCCGGCCGGAUCAGGACAGAGGGGCCGUUGUGGAAGGCGAGGAAUUCCGCAACUAUACACCAGAAGAAAGGAUGCAGAAGGUGGAGAAGAUCUGCGUUAUGGCAAGAUCGUCCCCUUUUGACAAACUUCUCAUGGUGCAGUGCUUGAAACAGAAAGGACAUGUAGUUGCAGUCACUGGAGAUGGUACCAAUGAUGCUCCAGCACUCAAAGAAGCUGACAUCGGAUUGUCAAUGGGGAUUCAAGGGACGGAAGUUGCGAAGGAGAGCUCCGAUGUUGUCAUCCUGGAUGACAAAUUCGAUUCCGUGGCUACCGUUUUGGAGUGGGGAAGAUGCGUUUACACCAACAUACAAAAAUUCAUUCAGGUCCAACUAACAGCAAAUGUUGCAGCUCUGGUGAUCAACUUCGUGACAGCCAUUUUUGCAGGAAAAGCUCUUUUAACAAUACCUAAGCUUUUGUGGGUGAACUUGAUCAUGGACACAUUGGGUGCUCUGGCUCUAGCUACAGAGAAGCCCACCAAGAAGUUGAUGAAGAAGCCGCCUGUUGGCCGCACAGAGCAAUUGAUUACCAAUAUUAUGUGGAGGAACCUCCUGGCUCAAGCUCUUUACCAAAUUACAAUACUCCUGACCCUGCAAUUCAAAGGAGAAUCAAUAUUCAAAGUAACUGAAGCCGUGAAUGACACCUUGAUUUUCAACACUUCCGUGCUUUGUCAAGUUUUCAAUGAAUUCAACGCAAGAAAGCUGGAAAAGAAGAAUGUAUUCAAGGGUAUUCAUAAGAACAAGCUGUUUUUAGGGAUCAUCGGAAUGAUCAUUGUCAUUCAAGCGCUGACGGUGGAGUUUCUAAAGCGGUUUGCAGGUACAGAGAGGUUGAAUUGGGGACAAUGGGGGGCCUGCAUCGCCAUGGCUGCUAUAUCUUGGCCCAUUGGCUCGAUCGUCAAGUGUAUACCGGUGCCAGAGAGACCUAUUUUCAGCUAUCUCAAAUGGAAGUAGUGCGCAUAAUGCUUCAAAAAUUUAUUCAUUCUUUAAAUAUCUGCUUGCAUAUCCUAUGAUUUGCUUUAAUUUUUCCUUUGUAGUUUGUGGACUUUUCUAUUAUGUACCUUAGACACAAGGUAAUAUAAUUAAUUUUUAUUA